GCAGCCAGCGGCAGCCGCAGUCGCCGCCGCUUCCCGCCUGGGCAGCGCGCCCCUGCCAGCCCGCCUGCUUCUCCUCUCUUCUCUUCUUCCCCUCCUCCCCCACCCCUUCCUCUUCCUCCUCCUUCCUGCUCCCCCUCCCCUCACCCUACCCCUCUCCCCCGCUGCUACCGCCGCCGCCACCCCUCUCGCCGCUCUUCCCCCCCACCCCUCACCCCCCACCACCCCCCCCCGCCCUGCCCGCCCGCCAUGUCGCUGGGAGCCGGCCCCGAGGCGGGUUUCUCCAGCGAGGAGCUGCUGACCCUCCGCUUCCCCCUGCACCGCGCCUGCCGCGACGGGGACCUGCCCGCCUUGUGCGCGCUGCUCCAGAGCUCGCCCCGCUCCGACUUGGCGGCCGAGGAUUCCUUCUACGGCUGGACGCCCAUCCACUGGGCCGCGCACUUCGGCAAGCUGGAGUGCCUAAUGCAGUUAGUAAGAGCUGGAGCUUCUGUAAAUGCCAGUACAACACGUUUUGCUCAAACACCAGCCCACAUUGCUGCUUUUGGAGGACAUCCACAGUGCCUGAAUUGGUUGAUUCAAGUGGGGGCCAACAUAAACAAACAGGAUUAUGUUGGUGAAACUCCUAUUCAUAAAGCAGCACGGUCUGGUAGUAUGGAUUCCAUAAGUGCCCUUGUGGCUCAUGGUGCGCAAAUAGACUUGAGAAAUGCCAGUGGCCUGACAGCAGCAGACCUUGCACAUACCCAGGGCUUCCAAGAAUGUGCUCAGUUUCUCUUGAACCUCCAGAACUGUCACCUGAAUCAUUUCUAUAGCAAUGGCACCUUAAAUGGGGUUCAUCAGAAUGCAGGUCCCAAUCCAUUCAGUGGUGGGACAAGUCGAAAGAGAUCCUUUGAAGAUACGGAGUCUGCUGGAGUAAAGAAGGCUAGAACGGAAGCUUACAGCUUUGAUGGCUUAAUACCAAUGAUGAAUGGAGGAGUUGAGGACGAUGCUGACAAUAUGCACGUUGAUAGAGAGUUUGCUGUUGUAUCAGAUAUGAAUAGCAGUAGCUCCAUAUUGAAUGCACUGACAAAUGGAUGUGCCAUCAAUGGACAUUUGGAUUUCAGCGCCGCGCAGCAGCUCGGUGGGAUGGAUGCCAGGCAUGAGGAGUGUUUAGCACUAACACCUAACGGAAUAAUUCCUGGAAUCACUUCUCCCAGUAGGCAUCGAAUUCAUCCCAGUAACAGCACCGAGGAACCCGAAAAAGCCAUGAACAACUCCACUGACAUGUGUGGAUCCCUACACCUGAACGGAAGCCCCAGUAGCUGCGUUUCUAACCGGCCCUCGUGGGUGGAAGACCCCGGAGACACUCUGCACUAUGGGCACUACCAUGGUUUUGGGGAUACUGCUGAAAGCAUCCCCGAACUUAGUAGUGUUGUUGAGCAUUCCAAUUCUGUCAAGGUCGAACAGAGAUACGACAAUACUGUCCUAGGCACAAUGUAUUUGUAUCACGGCUCCUAGAUGAAUGACCUUUAUAUCAGACGCAUAUUGAAAUUGCUACCAAAUGAAACCGGGGGACAAAAUCCUCACAUAGCAUUAAAUUUGAAGAUUGCGACUUAACUGCUAUUUUUACACUUUGUUUAUAUGAAAGGUAGACCUUUAAUUUGAGAGCCUUAUACAAUAGUUGUAGUUUGUUGCAUGUAUGGGGCUUAUUUAGUGAUAGAAUAGGUGCUGUUAUGAUGGAAUGUUUAUUAUUUUCAUUUUUUUAUUAUGGAAUGUUCUGGUUUUGUAUUUUUUUAUUUCUAAGCUUGUGAACACUAUCUUUCCCUUUUUAGAGCUGUUUUCCCUUUUAUUAAAACAAUGUUUAACUGAAUUUUGUGAAGAAAAUGUUGCGUGUGUGCAUCACUUAGAAGUAAAGAUUUUUCUUUUCCAUAUCUUCUGCUGAAGCUAUGGUAGCAAUAUCAAUGCCAGCUAUCACUAUGCAAGGUUGAAAGUGGCAAUCUUCUGGAGCUUCUCUGACUUUCUAGUUUGUACAUUUCUUUGGUAUAAUUAGAUGUUAAUCUUGAAAUUUUUUGAGCAGGUUGUUUAAAAACGCAGAGGCAAAAUUGGAAGAAGUGACUGUUUCACUUCCUGUAGCGUAGAAGUGCUUUUCGUUGUUGUUGGGCUCUUUGCAUUAUUAUAGAGUGGGAAAGUGGGCUGCCUUUGUUUGGUCGCGGUUGGGUGUGCCUCAGGUUAGCUCUGCAUUUGUGGCGGUUUUCUUUAGCUUCUCUCCUUUAUAUGUAUGCUUGAUAUUUUACCAUAGCUCACAGACCGGAGGCAUGUUGGCGCUGUUCUGCUUUGUACGCGGUUUAAAAUUGCUGUUACUUGUUAUAGAAUUUGCCAAGUCAAAAUAUUUGAGUUUGACUGUCUUGGAUAUACAUUUAUUGUCCUUUUUUUUAACAUAUGCUUUGAAAGUGUAAUGUUGUGUACUCUUUGGGCUAUGCUCACGGAAAAUACAUUGUAUUUAAAGCUUAAUACACAAAUCAAAAUUCAUAUAAGUGCACUGUAUGAGCACUAAUAAGUUGCUGCUUUGUGUUAUGAUAAGUGAAGAAUGGGGAAGAAUAUGGUAAAUGAGAUAAACCUUCUGAAUUGUGUUGAUUUUUUGGUUCUUGUUUUGUUUAAAAAGGGACCUUUAAAUUGGAUUUUAAAAUAAACACACAUAUUACAUUGUAUCUGAA